UAAUGUAAUAAGGAGAGGAAACAUAAGAGAAAAAAGAGAAUGAGAAUGCCCAUAAUAUAUAAGUGUAAAAUUUAAUGGACAAAAUAAAAAUUAUCUUAAUAAUGAGAUAAUUGAAAGAAGAUAGUAUACCAAUAGAAAUAAUACCAAAUCUUUAUUUGGGAUGUUUGGGAUGUGCAUUAAAUAAGAAGAAACUGUUAGAGUGUAAAUUGAUAAGAUACUAUAUAUAGAAAACAUGAAAUAUAUAUUAUCUGCUUGUGAAAUGCCAAAGGCACCAUUUUCUUAAGAUUUCACAUCUUUAAUAAUAAAUAUCAAUGACAGCAUAGAUUAAGAUAUAAAAUCGAAAUUUAAUGAAUCAAAUGCAUUUAUAGAGAAUGCAGUUAAUUCAUAGUAAAGUAUUUUAGUUCAUUGGUAUAAAUUUAUAAAUAUUCAGUUUCGCUGGAAAAUCAAGGUCAACUACAUUUAUUAUUGCAUAUUUGAUUAAGAAUCAUAAAAUGACAGUAAUUGAAGCCUUGGAUUUAGUGAAAUCGAAACGACCAAUAGCUUAACCGAAUGCAGGGUUCAUGAAAUAGCUUCAGUAAUAUUAUGAUACAUUAUACAAUAAUAAUAUUGAUGGAAAACAGUAAGAAUGA